AUGAAAUAAAAACAAGGUUUUGGUUCAAGUCUAAUGAAAAUGAUGUAAGCUUUGUUUAAAUUAGGACAAAUACAGCUUUUAAAUUAGAUAGUCUACUAAGUGAAGAUAUUAAACAGAAUGAACUCAUGUAUAUUUUUGGUUAGGAAAUACAGAAUGUUGAUUCAUUUCUUCAGUUAAAGGAAACUUUCAUAUGGUUUAGUUAUAGAGCCAAUAUUCAAUAUGAAGGAAAAGCCUUAUCAGAUUAAGGUUGGGGAUGUUUAAUAAGAGUUGGUUAAAUGAUUGUUGCUGUAUUAAUCUAUUUUAUACACUUAGAAUUCAUUAAUUAGAGAUAACUCUAAUUUAAAGUUAAAUGAUCUAAAAACUAAAAUUAUAAGUUUGUUUGAUGAUAAUGAAUAUUUCUCCACUAAAGCUCCCUUCUCCAUUCAAUAAAUAAUCAAAAAGGCUUCUCUAAUUUAUAAUCUAAAAAUUGGAGAUUGGUAUACUGGUCCAAAGAUAAUGUGUUUAUUGGAAGAACUAUUUCUUAGUGCUAAGACUAUUAAAUAAUUAAAGAUCAUCAAUUUUUUGGAAUAAUGCAUAAUUGAAUAACAAAUAGAUUUAUAAUUCAAACAACCAUAAUUAUUAGUCAUUCAUGCAAUUAUAGGAAAUAAAGAAUUAGAUCAAUAUUUUGUAGCUGAACUUAAAAAGCAUAUGUAGGUGCCAUAAUUUGCAGGAGCAAUAGUUGGUAAAAGCAAAAAAGCCUAUUUCCUUAUAGGAUACUAAAAUAAUUAGGGAAUUAUCAUGGAUCCUCAUUAUGUUUAAGUAAAACAAUCAGUUAAUCAAUAUUUAGGAAAGUAACUUAAUAUAAUUAAAUUCUUAAUUGAAAUGUUCACCAUUAAAGUAAUUUUCUGGUACAAUAGCAUUAUGCUACUAUAUUUCUAGUAGUUAAGAUUAUGUUUAGUUUAAAACAGCUUUGAAAGAACUUAAAGGGUCCAUUUUUAGUAUAAUAGAUGAAACUUGCACAUGUUUUUUUUGA